CAGGGAGGAAGGAUGUAGCUAAAUACCAUGGCUUAAAGCAGAGAAAAAGCUUUUGUCACCCUUUCCGUUAGUUUUGUGUGUGUCCAGUGUGUAUGCAGCCUCAUCUCAGCAGUGGGAAGACCUCAUCUAGAGAUAUUUCAACAUAAAUGUACUAAUGAAAUAAGAGUAUCAUGAAGCUUUAGACAUUAGAAACAGCUGUGAGAGGGGAACUCACUCACUAGCCAGGAUACAGUGCAGAUCUUUACAGUAAAGGAAGAGGGGAGGAGAGGGGGAGGAGAGGAGGAGAUGGGGGAAGACAUCACUGCCUCCCCAACCACAACCACCGCCAAAGGAAACACUGUAAUCUCAAGGAACAUCUCAACGAAUUCCUCAGGAAUCACCACGAAGUAAACCCCCAGGCUGCUACGAUACAUUUCAACGUCGUUGAUUCGGAUUAUCCGUCUUAUUUCUUCUGUAAAAACCGACCAAUCGCAUGCAGCAGCACUAGUGUACCCAGCCUGUCCUACAUUUCGACUCUUAUUUAUUUAUUUAUUUUUCAUAUUUACAAGGCGUUUUAGGAACGCUAGCCAUUGGAUGUCUCCUGUUUAGGCAGUAAUUAAUAACGUUGUUAUUCUGUGGAUUGGACUGGAAUGAGUGGAAGCUUUAGGGCGGAGAGAGACGGAUGCGGACGGACAUUGUGAUCCCUGAUAAUACAGAAGAGAAGAGAUGCUCCACGGGGAUUAUUUUAAACCUCUGUGUUGACCUCUCAUCCCAUCCCGAGGAGCAGGAACAAACGCGAUUGUGCUUCGGUGCUUCCCAGAAACCAAAUACUGAGAAAUUAAUGCUGCAAAUGAAGGUUUAAAACACCGAGGAGAGAGGUUAUAAAUAGCGGACCGAAGAGGAAAUGGCCCUUUUCUUCGUGCCUGGUAAUAUCAAUUGAUGGUGAUUAUUUGUGUACAAUAUGGGGAGCGACAGUGAAAUAUUGAACCGGGAGCUGUCAAAGAUGUCCGACGAAGACUUGCUGACUUGUUCUAAGGAAGAGCUGGUGAAUCGACUCCGCAAAGAAGAAUCGGAUAAGAUGUCUGCUCUCAUACAGCGCGGCCGAUUAAUCAAGGAGGUCAAUAAACAACUGCAGGGACAUCUGCUUGAAAUCAGGGAACUCAAAGUCAUCAACCAGCGGCUGCAAGAGGAGAACCAGGAACUUCGGGAUUUAUGCUGCUUUCUGGACGAUGACCGUCUGAAGGUGAAGAAGCUCGCGCGUGAGUGGCAACUAUUCGGCCAUCAUGCUGCCAAAGUGAUGCGCGAGGACCUCGGCGGAUACCUCAAGAAGCUCGCCGACCUGGAGCGGAUGCAGGACGGUCUGGUGAAGGAGAAUCUGGAUCUGAAGGAACUUUGUUUGGUGCUUGAGGAAGAGUGCGUGAGCAGAAGUGAUUCCAGCCCGGGUGGCUCCACGGAUCUCAACAUACCGUGUAUGGUGGCCCGGGAUGUGGGUGACGGGAGCUCCAGCACCGGGAGCGUUGGCAGUCCAGACCAGCUGCACUUGGUGUGUUCACCAGAUGACUGAAGGAAAGGAGCAGAGCCAUAUUACUUUAACCUUCUCUCUUGAUGCUGAGACAGACUUUUUAUGCCUACAAAAGUAGUUUACAUUUUCUGACAAUGACAUCUCAGAUUUCGGUGGAAAUAGACCAAGACUUAUAAAGUAGGCUAGUUUACUGAUGGGCUUUUUGAUGCCAUAAGGACAGUUUCUCUAUAUUUAAUUGAUUAACAUUUUAUAGCUGGCAGACCUUUAAAGCUGGAGGGAAAUUAUUGGGAGCCAGGCAAAAUAGAAUUAUUUUUAAGCUUUAAAGUGACAGCCUUUUCUUUCAAAACCUGUCCUCCUGCUGGGAAAAUCCAGCUUACAGGAUUAGUUCACCUUCAAAUUAAAAUUUCCUGAUAAUUUACUCACCCCCAUGUCAUCCAAGAUGUUCAUGUCUGAAAUUAAGGUUUUUGA